UGAAGUACAUGAUGAGCCCAUUCGAGCUGUCGAUCAUGACAGGAUGACGGACAGUUCGUCGAGCUUUGAAGAUGACAUAACCGAAGGAAACCAAGUUGAUGGAGCUCUUGUUAGCGUAAACAGGUAAUCGUAUUGUCACUUUAUCAAAAUUCAACUGUGUUUGUCAAUGAUCGCUGGGAAGAUUGUGAUUGUGUAUAUUACUACCGCAUGUUGCCAGCUUUAUGCAUUAUAUUACUAGGGAUUCCGAAACAUUAUUAUUACAACGCAGGUUGUUUAUUUGUAGUAAGGAAAACCCUCAGGGAAAUCAUCAGUUAGUGGGUUAAUGAGCGGAUUAAAGUUUGUUUUUAUCGUUUUAGCACCUUGUUCUAAAAUUUGUGAAACUUUCUUUUCUUUUUCGUUCAUAGAAUACAUUAUGAUUGUAUGAACAUAACAGAGUCCAUGCAUUCCUUCCAUCAUCCCCGGCGUAUCCAAUCGAUGAAAUCGAUAAUUGAUGACAAUCGAUAUCAAUCAAUACCAAUCGAUAUUGAUAAUCCAACCCUACUGAUAAUCAAUGACCAAUCGAUGGUGAAGAUUUGUGUGGUUGUGCAUUGGUAUUGAUUUUCAAUAACAAUUGAUAGAUAAAUUGAUGUCAAUUGGUAUUGAUUGUUUGCAGAUUGACAGAAUCGGCGCAUAAACAUCACAUCAGUUCUGUACAAAGUAAUUGUAAACACAUUUCAUUUUAAUGCUUUGAAUAUGAACAGGAGACCAAUACUCUCUUCUUUCUCUUCAACACCCCUUCCUCAGGUAUCCGUUUUCCUUUUCCUUUGCGUGAAGAAAGCGCUUUGUUCCUCCUUUUGUUCUUGGAGGGUCUUGAUGGAAUUAACUGUCAGCCGUCAAGCGGCCUAAAAUUUAACUGUCAAAUAGGGUCUAGAAGGGUAUUUUUGGAAUACAGGAUUUGACCAAAAUACGGUGCAGGACUUAGGCAAACGCAAAAAAACUUAACAGGAAAGGGGAUUUGAUUGCAACCUGGGAGUGGGAUUCACAAAUAUUUGGGCAUGGAAUGCGGGAUUCUUUACCAUGAAAAAAAUGGGGGAUGUAACCUGGGAUUUUCCUGAAAAAGGAGCUGGAAUGCAGGAAUUUCGGCCAAGACAACCUCCAAGACAGAAAGGUUACAACUGUAAUAGUAAGUUACGUAAACACAAAUUAAUAUUUACUUAAACUUUUGGCCUAAAUUCCUAUUUCUAACAACUGUCAACCAUCAAAAGCUCUCAAAUUUAACCAUCAACCGUCAAAUCAGCUAUCACCCCACUGAGACCCUCCUUCUUGUUCACCAGCAUAGCUGCUGUGAACUGAGCUGAAAGCCAGUAAUAUUAAGAUAGUGGCUGUGACUUACACUUAUAACUGUUGUUGUAGGAUCUAACAAAACUUAACUUAUAUAUUUGGCAUAAUCAUUGUCAAGAUGCAUAAAAACAGUUUUGAGUUUCUUUGGCAUCAAAUUCGAAAAGUGGGUGACCCACAAGCUUUGAAAUCAUUGUUUUAUAAAGUCAUAUUUGAAAGCAUUUGGUCCGUGGGUCACUUUGUUGUUUUAGUUUCAUUGCUGUUAUUCCCCGUAAGGGAAUAAGAUUUCUGCUCUGCAGAAUAAAGUUAUAAUGCAUACACAUGUUUUGACUCUAUUCGUUUAGGCCCCUUGCACACGAAUCUGAAUAAUUUUGAAACUGCAUAUAUAUAAUAUAAUUUUUUUACAUGAAUCUGCCUUUCAUCCAUUAAAAACCAGUAGAUUCCGCUCACCAAAACAGCAUGUUUCAGAGUGGUUUAAGACCCCUUCCUCACAGACUCAGGAAAACAAAUUUGUGGUGACAAAACUGUCUGGAUUCCUACAGACAGGGCCUUAACCUUUUUUUGUGAAAUAUUAUGAGAUUGCUAUAUUCAUAAUAAGACGUGUGUAAGACGUGUAAGGCUAGUUUGGGGAAUCUACCAGUUUUAUUAUUACAACCCACAGACGUUUUGUAUCCAUUAAGAAAACAUUAUUAUGUUUCCUGAGUGGUCUGCUAAAAGGUGAUUGCUGGCAGCAAAACACAAAACUGUUGACUGAGAAGAGUGCAGUUAUUAUUGAAAUAAGAAGGAAGAAAUACAAAGCAAGAAAUGAAAUUUUUUGGAGUGCAAUUCAGAUGGUAAUCAUAUAGUUUUAAAAUACUUUGGCUAUGCUCACACUACAUCAGACAGAUAACUUGCCCCCACCCUCCCAUGAAAACCAUAUCAGAUGGGGCUUCUGUUCAUACACAAGAACGCUUAUGGUGACGCGAUUUCUGUGACAACGAGAAGCUGCACCGUGACAAUCCACAUUUUGAUAUAUGGGUGCUCACAAUAUACCGGUUAGCUUUUCGUGGCGGGAUGAAAAGCUACCUUGUCAAUAGUGCGAAGCGCUACAGUGUUGCAGCAGAGCUCAUUGACUGUUCACGGGUUCUUGACUGUGCAAAUAAAAUAAAGUUUUGCUGUCUAUCUAGGAUUGUUCUAAACAAUAACUUUAUCUUUGUGUUCAACUCUUUUUGGUUUGUGGAAGUGUAAACAAUUAUUAUUAUAUAUUAUCAAUAUAAUUGACUUAUAAAAUAAUGAUUGUUAUAAAUUUUGUGAUUGUUAGCCCCUCAGCAUUGCAGUUUGAUGACAUUUUGCACUCCAUUGGUGAGUUUGGUCCACGGCAAAGGGUUAUUUACAUUCUCUGCUGUGCAGUUGUCAUCAUACCAAGUGGUAUUCAGUUUGCUGGAGGUUUUUUUCUCACUGGUACACCUGAGUUUCAUUGCAUAACACCUGACGUGAAGUGUGAUUUAAAUAAAUGCUGCACCAACUGUACCAAGUAUCAGUUUACAACAUUUACCAGUGCAGUGACAGAGGUAGGCAUGUUUACCUUCCCUUGCGUAUUAUGUUUGUCUGUAUCUUGUGUUCAUUUACAAUACAAAAAGGACUAACAAUUGGGGCGUGCUGGCUGCACAGGCCUGCAUGUGUGCAGCAGUAUUUAGAGAGAAUUCAAAAAAGAGCUAUAAAAUUAAUGCAUAUAUUUAUAUUCAUGGCUUUGAUACACUUAGUAGACAGGUGUUGGCUGCCUGUGUGGUUUGAUACAGUGGAGGGCCUAGCUAAUGCUCUUCCUUUUUUCUGCAAAAUGUUAUGACCUCAAUUUAUUUGUCAAAAGUUAAAUGGGGCUGUGUCAUGGCAGUCCAGUCUAUUUUGUUUGGUUUUUCAGGUUCUUGCCCUUAUACUUGCUAUUAAGUUGACAGAAUGUGGUGGGUCAUUAUUCUGUAAUAGUUGUAGUUGAUGCCCAAAAUGGCCUCAAAAUUGCAUGCAGAGCUUCCAUGUUUAAAAGUUUUCUUUGGGAUAUGCCUCAGACCUGGCCCCUCCUUUUGUCACAGCUGCCUCUUUAAGGUUGGGCAGACACCUACUUCAAAUCCUAUUGAUAACCCUGAUUAUUGUAUAAGCCUUUACAAUUAAGUCAUAGCACACAUCUACUAUAUCUCUAUCCCAUCAAUAUAAUCCUCAGAAUGUAAGCAGUAGUUUUUCUUUUUUUUUUCCUUAAUUUUCUUAGUACAACCUCAUCUGUGACCGAGCCUUUAUAGCUGCAAGUAUACAAGCUGCAUUUUCUGCUGGAUGUUUGGUUGGAUCUUUCCUCUUUGGGGCCAUCUCUGAUUUUUAUGGCAGACGAUUUUGCAUGCUACUUUGUUCAGUGCUUACAGUAAGUAUUCUUUAUUUACCGGUAUGUCAACGCACUUUGUUUGAUCAUAACGAAUUUGGAACGGUUCCUCAUAAAGCUCUAAACAACUUAUGUAUUGUCAAAUUCUCCUUUCAAUCACAAGCAAAAUCAAGGCAAUAUGAAAGGAUAAUUAAGCAGUUAAUACACAAAAGAAGUCACCUAGGGUGUUUUUUUGUUCGCGUUUUGAUAGUGUGCAUCAUUCAUUAUAAUCACCAUGGUUUCAAGGGGCAAGGAAAGUUGAAUGACCUUCUUUUUGGUUGUCACGCAAUGUAAUCCUUCCUCAAUGAUGAAUAACUGCAUGGUUUUACAGCUGGUUGAAAGCUAGCGAUCAGUAUUAUGCUUGUGGUACACAUUUGGUGGAAUAUUUGGGAAGCAGUCAUAAACAGGAAACAUUAUCACAGACUAGCAAUCUCAGGAGGCACUUGGUUUUAGUCAAUAAAGUACAGUAGUAGUGUUGAGAAUUAGCUGAUAUGUCAUAAUCAAUCAUCAGAAAUAAUCAAAUUGACCCACAGUUUUCAUCAUUGACUGUAAUCAAAACAAUCUCCUUAUAUAAUAUAGAAGGCCAUUUAUUUUUCACCUGUGAACAAGCGUAAAGUCAUAAUAUAAACUUUUGAUUUUUUUUAACAGUAGACCAUUUUUAUUCUGACAAUCACUUUAAGACAACAAUAAGAACACACGAAAUAUAAGAAAAAGGGUCAUCAAUGGAUUUUAGUGACAUCAUUAUUAAUUAGUCCAUUGAAAAGACAACAUACAAGUUUCAAUAUAUUUUUUUUUCAAAAAUUUUAUAAUUUUAAUUUUUAAUUUUUUUUUUGCAAUAAUCAACUGGAAAUUUUCCAUAAUAGUUUAAUAUUGCUUUGCUUAAGGUUUCAAUCCAUGAUUGAUUAUAAUCAAUGAUUGGCACACCACUAUUCAGUGGUCCUCAGCCUUAUUAAACCUCCCAAGUUAUAAUGCAGUUUUUAUCAUUUCAUGGCUGAGUGCAAGUGAUACUGAAAUUAUUGUUCUUGUUUUUAUAAGAGAAGAACUGGAGGGUUGCAUGGAAUAAAGCUUUCAAUGAGUCCUGAUCUGAUGACAAAUUGCUCCUGCAUGUUUAUCUGUCUUUUUUUGUUAAAAAGUGGCCACUAGGUUUUCACCUGGCAUCAGGUGCAGCUCGGCUCCAUGCCAGUGUGGUUGGUACAGAUGAAUAGCCCAGGGACUGCUUUAACACUAGGUGGGUAAAUUAGGCCUGGGGGGGGAACGAGUGGGGUAGGGAGGGGGCUAUUUUGACACAACCCCUUCACUGUAAGGAGCAGUGUUUACCAGAGGCUUUGGCUGGCAAGCACCUUGUUCUUACUUUGCCCUAGCCAGCUGUACCAGGCCUCUUCUGAGAAUAAUUAUCAUGAUAAUUGCAGAGCUCAGUGGGAGGCACAGACAGUCACCUAGUGUCCUGGCUGGGGAGGGUCAAAGUUUUGGUACAUGUACCAAGGACAUAGUUAGCUGAGGACUUGUGGACACUCGCUGAAGCAAUGUUUACUUAAGUUCAGUCAGAUACACUGUACCCUGUAGAACAAAUGGAACCUUGGAGAAUUUUAUUCUAGUAUCCUGUGAGCAGGCUCACGUUAUUGGGUAAUGUGGAAGUAUCUUGAUGGUGUAAGGGCCACCAACAUGAGUUACAGAAUGGGGUGAUCAGUCACUAUAACUGCAAUUCAUUCCAGGCUCACCUUCAAUUAAAUUUUGAACAGUAUCAAAAGACCUACAUUAAAUUUUGAUUGUUAAUUAUUAUUAUUAUCAUAAUUACUAUUUUUAAUUACUUACGACUUUUAUUGUUGUCCCUCCAGGCAGCAUUCAGUGUUGGUGCUUCUUUCUCCCAUAACAUAAUCCUUUUUGCAAUCCUUCGCUUUGCCACAGCAGCAUCCUUGACUGGUUUCUUUGUCGUCCAGUAUGUAUACAUCCUCGAGCUUGUUGGACCAAGUUUCCGCACCAUGUCUGGGAAGGGCUCAGGGUUUUUUUGGGCCAUUGGAUCAGGUGCAUCUGCCUUACUAGCCUACAACAUCCGCUACUGGCGGACACUGUUGCUAGUGGCCAGCUUCCCUCCUCUACUGUUUGUUGUCUUCUACACGUAAGUUUGCUGCCCUUUCAAAUCAGUCUCCUACGCAGAUCUUCUUUAGCUAGUUGCAUGAAGCAGUUCUUAUCCAUGAUCAGUUGGCGGGUGGAGGGGAAUGUUUGACAACCUCAAAGAAUAUCUGCGUGAUUGCAACCCUAAAAAAACACACACAUGCAAAAAAGGUUCCAUUAACCUUUUGUCCCAAGAAUGACCAAGAUCUGUUUUCUGCGAACCAUAUCAAUACAACAUCAGGUACAAAGGUUACAGAAUUAAUAAAAUGAUCACCAGCGAAAAAGUGCUUUGAUCUUUUAAUAAAUUAUCUCAACUAAUUUUUCAAGAAAAUGUAGGGAAAUUUAUCUGGAGAAUUUGUAUGUGGAUAUUUGGGCUUAAAGGGUUGACCAAGUUUUGUGUAUUUGAUCUCUAUAUAAUUAUUAUAUAUGAUUUGAUUACCAUGGUGAGAUAAAGUAAGCCUGAAGUUGGCACAAUAAACGUGUUUUUCACUCUCUAAAUAAAUUGUCAUAUUACCUCGUUCCCAGGGUUCUCUCCUACCCGUCACUACGGAGCGCGAGAGAGAGAGAGAGAGAGAGAGAGAGAGAGAGAAAGACCCCGGUUGGGUCUGGUCAUGUGGCUCCAGAACAAAAUGUAUUCUGAGGGAGGAGUCCUUUGUCUCCCAAUUUUGUGUCUCGUUCACGCAAUGAUCGCGAAGGUCCGCAAGGGCAAGACCUACCACUAUAACUGAAAACAUGGAAAAUUUCUGACCAAACAGAACUGCCACUAGAUAAACAAGUUUAUGAUUUACCAAUAAUAAUAAUAAUAAUUUAAUUCUUAUAUUGCGCGCUUUCCAUGAAAUGAUCAAGCGCGCAUUACAUGAUUUCUAUAUAUAAAAACUUAAUAAAGGGUAUGUAACUACUAAUUAUUUAAAAUAUACUAUGAUAAAAUUAAAAUAUACAACAUAUGUUAAAAUACCAGCAAUUGUCGUGAUAAAAAUUAAAAAUUAACAAAUUAACAAAAAGCUUCCCUAAAGAGGUACGUUUUCAGAUGGCGCUUAAAAAUCCCUAGAUCUGUAAUAGAACGAAUCUCACGCGAUACCAGAGGAGAAAGCAAAAACUCGCGUUGUCGCAGUUCAAUCGACGACACCAAUCGCAAAUAAAGAUCGACGAUCUUGAGUUCUACACAAGCGUGUUUAUACUGAAGGGAAAGUCUCUCUUUAUUAACCUUACAUCAUGGAAAGUAUCAAUGUUUGCUUCACAGCGGCUGCUUUUAAUCGGGCCGAAUUAGUAUACUGCAAAGCCUACACCAUUAGCUGUCUGAGCAGGGAAUUCAUAUUUGCUGAACCGUCAAAAUAAUAUUUUAGAUCUGUUGACUUAACGGAUAGCUAUAGUCUGAAAUGAAAUGUCAGCCUUCUCCAGCCCCCAACCUUUGUUAUGAUGGGCAAUGGAAAAACGUAUCGCUUUUAGUGGUCGAUAGAGAUAUAUAUAGUACUGACUCGUCCCUAGUCGUUCGUCGACUGGGGACGAGUCAGUGACCACAACGCGACAGAUGACAACAGGAAAUCAUGCAGUGUAAGCAGAGACAAAACAGACAACAUAACCUUCCAAGCGAAAGGCUUUCUUGUACCUGGUCCAUAUAAAAACGUUAUUAGAAAACACAUGCAGCCAGGUGAUUUCUUAAAAUCCUCUAAAGCUAAGCAUACCUAACCCUCCAGAAAAAUAAAAAAGGAACAAUAAACGGUUGGCGGUCGUACAAGCCAAUUUUUAACAAAGAUGCUUACGGCCAUUCGGUUGAUUUUAAACGACAACGAAAAAAGCUGAAAGACACAGAGCCAUAGAUAAAAAUAUACUCUUUCAAGAUUUUGUUUACCUUUCUUCAUUUGAGCAAUCAAACUGUGUCCGGGCGGCGUAUUCUCUCUUCCUGUUGCUUGACCUCAUUUUCGAGGUCAGUGAGGAGGCGACGGUUGAUACAUCUUUUCGGCGCCCUUCGAACUAUAUAAUCGUAAUUGUUUUCUAAUGUGGCCUCCACAACAUAGAAAUGGCAAUUCAAAUCCAGUGCGUUUCGAUCGGUAUGAAUACCUCUGCGUAAUUUAUUUUUGACUGCACAAGCGGUGACUGAAUCCUCGAUUUCCUCUGCAUGCGCCAAUUUGAAGAGGACAGCAUCCCCGACAGAUAAACAUCCAGAUAUUCUGAAGUUCGUUACGCUUUCGCUGUCAAGGAAUUUUGUGCAUUAUUUUCGGCGUUCGAGGUUUUGUCUUGGCUAGUCAUGACCUUUAAGACAAGGUCACGUACACAGUUUCAUGGCUGCACUUUACAUCUACUCUCUGCAGAGACAAAUCUCACCUUAUCUGCCCCUCCCCCAAAUCGUUCGUUUGUAAUCUCCCAGAUUCUGGGAGACACGUGACCAGACCAAACCAGGAUCUCUCGACGAGUAGGAGAGAGAACCUGGGAACGAGGUUGAUCUUCAUUUAAAUAUCCUUUUUAGUAAGACAGGACUCAGCUAAUACGCUUUUUGUCUAAGAACAGCUCGUAACACCUGUUCUUAGCUAAGGAAAAGAAAACCUCGUAUAAAUGACCCUCGUCUCUUGCAAGACGCGAAUGCAUAGUUGCGCAAGUGUUAUUUUAACACGUGACGUGAUGGAAUGACGUUGCGACAGGCAACAUGCACGCGAUAUCGAGUCCAUUCCAAGAAAUAAGACGCGAGCCAUUUAAGCGACCUGUUCGCGUAUUAUUCGAGACGUGCCCGUAUAAAUGGUAAAGUUCGCGUCUUCUUUAUCCUCAUAUUAAUGGCUCUAUUUUGAACAUUGUUAAUCGUUUAAUUCUUUGGAGGCUGUUCUUAGUAAUACUACCAUGUCAUGACGAUUAAAUGAUGAUGACGACGACGAUAAUGAUGUUGGUAGUGAUGAUAUGUUGAUGAUGAUGAUGAUGACGACGAUAAUAAUGAUUAUUUGAGCAAAGACAGGGUUUAUUCUAGAGUGUGGCCUUGCGGGAUUUCCUCAAUUUGGAAAAACUAUGCCGCAAGUUGCCGUGUCAAAGAAAAAUAAUAGUCAAAAAAAUGAUAUAAUAAAAAAUAGACCCAAGGAUAAGUACUAUUUUUUUUAAAAUAAAGUACAGUAUUCGAAAACAUCAAUGACAACAACACUCAUCUGACGGCCGCUCGAUAAACUUACUUUGAACUUUUAUAGCCUCUUACUGUCUCAAUUGCCUUUCUCUUCUUCGUUUGAGUCAUUAUUUCACCAGACAAACAUCCGGGAUUCUGCAGUUUUGAUUCGAUCCCAGGUUUUUUCAGUUGCCCAGAAUGUUCCAAAAUGGCGGCAAAGUGUCCGGCGAGUCCGGCCAAUGUUGAAUGUCAAAAGUCUAAAAAAGCACUCAUUUUCUUUGGAUUUGGUGCCCUCUUUCUUGGACCCUCUUUCUUGAAAAAGGACACCCUAAAAUUACAGAAGGGGGCCCAUUUGACCCUCAUUGGCCAAUUUCUAGAAUAAAUCCUGAAGGGCGUUUUUAAAUGAUGCACGUCAACUGGAAAUGAGGCGUUUUCCUUUUAAUAUACGUGUAUCGUGAUGCUACCAAAUUUGUAAUGCCUGAUAUCUUUGCUGUAAUAGAGCCGACCACUUGCCCAAACAUAAGGCGAGGCCACAGCCGAAUAUUAAUUGCAAAAAGUACAGUGAUGUCUUCCGGUUGACGUGCAUCGCUUAUAAACGUCUUUGCGUAAACUCCCUAUUAUUAUUGCUAUAAUGAUAAUAACAAUAAUUAUUGUUAUCAUUUCUUUGUCAUUUCAGAGCACUACCAGAGUCUGCAAGAUGGCUUGUCGUUCAAAAUCGUUUGGACGAAGCUCAUCGUAUUCUGAUGAAAUUUGCCGAGAAAAAUUCAGCACCUGUAACCUCUGAUUUUUUGAGAAAUGCCCUGGAAAGAUGCCGGCAAGGUGUUGCUGAGUCAAGGACAGGAAAAACAAGUCAUUCGCCUCUUGAUCUUUUACGGACAUCACGCAUGCGAAGAAGAAGCGUCAUCCUUUGUUUCUGUUGGUAGGCAUUUUCCAUUCACAAGUACAAAACAAAGUAGCCGUGGUUACACCAAUAUCCUGCGCAAUUUCUCCAGCAAGUUUGUUGCAAACCUGAGAUACACAAUUAAGUUUGUUUUCCGCGGUACUCGUAGUUUGCAGCGGUAGCAGCGGGUCCUUUACCCCAACAAUUUUUGUUUGGGGCCAUAGUCUUUUCCAGGCGUUUAAACAUUAGAGUGUAGCACAAAUUCAGAACAGGCCAGCGGCAUACACGUAUAGCCGUCGUGUUUGCUUAAUGGGACUUUAAGAUCCAACGACGCGACGGCAACGAGAACGUCACAUAAAAGUAAAUAUUAUUUGCGUUCUUUCAGUCUUUAUCGCAAUUAUUCCUACCCACUUACUUUGUCAAAUGUAGGUGAACCCUCCUGGAGGUGAAUCCCUAGGAACCAUAUCUAAGUUCAGAAAGAGAAAUUCAAAUUUCGUCGUAGCUUGUUUACGUUCUCCAGGAAACGCGAAAUUAGGCAUUUCACGUCGUAGUUGUGCAAAAAUGGGAAACGAAAUGUACAAACAAGUUUGAUGCACGUGCAAAGUUGUUGUUUUGCUUAUAAAGCAAAAAAUUACUUAUUUCAGGGAAUUCUGCUCUCUAAACAGUUCAUGUAUUAGAAAAAGUAUUACUUUAAAGUUUAGGAGUUCCUCGAAGAAUAAAUUCACGCUUUUGUAGCAAAACUCGGUACCAGAUGUUUCUGUUGGUUUCCGUCCGCCAUGUUGGUGCUCAUCCGGAUGGGCACCAGCAUGGCGUCUUCAUUCAAAUCUCUAUUAAUUUUGUGAAAACAUUUCCUCGUAUAUCUCGUAUACGAAAUAUUCCUCUGACCUAAAUCUUGGCGAGGGUCUUUGUAUCUUUACCUCCUUUCAUUUUCCAGAUUCUGGACUUUUAUCUAUUGAACAGUUUUGAUUUUUAUUUUGAUCUAUUUUGAAUGGCGUGACACUAAAAACCAACAAUUGAGGGAUUUUCGGUUUUACCAUCUGCGCGUGGGUAGAGCGCUACUUUUGCAAAUUGAAAAUGGCGUCUCGUAGUUGAGUCACCACGCAUCCAUGAAGUCGGUUAGAGUGUUCAUACCGCGUCGGUCAAAUUUUCGAACGUAUCGGCUGAAAAAUGUUAGCACGUUUUUGGCGCUCAAAUCUGGAACGGCUUGGCGUUAAAAUUUCUGUACGGUUAAAAGAGGGUUCGACGUAGCCUCCCACGUAGACGUUCUUAGGGGUUCGUCACGCGUUCCUACCCCACGAACUGUUCGUGGGGGCAGGAAUACGUGACGAACCGCUAAGAAAGUCUGCGUGGGAGGCUAGCUUUGACGCGAAUUUUAUCAAAAAAUUACAGUAUGAACUGCCACCAAAUUGAGUUAACUGUGGAAAUAAUCGCUUAAAAAAAAUUAAAAGAGGGUGUUAAUAACGCAACAAAUACAAAAGUACUAAUAAACAAACUUGAAGAAGACUAAAACGGAUUGAAAUUGUGGGUUGGUGAAAACUACUUAGCCCAACAGUUUUCACUUUUGCUGUUCGUAUGAGUUGAUAUUACAAUGCUUGGGAAGUAUUUUUGUUGGAGAAGAAGCCGUGAUUUUGUCGUUUUGGAGUAGUUUCUUCGUUAACGUAAAGUUCCUUGGCGAAUACAGACGCGUAAUUGGCGAUAUUAACUGCCGUGACAUUAGGGUGCGAAUUUUCAACCGGUCAGAAAAGCGGUAAACAUAACCAAUGCAAGUUCCUGUUAACGCGUCAAAUGAUGAAGCUUGUUACGACUCUACCAGUAAUUUAUACUGCGUUUACACGUACCAGCAAGUUUUGCCCAGACAGAAGUUCCCUUGUUAAGUUUUUCCUGAUAUUGGAGAUGAAAAAAUACGGCAAGUUUUCUCUCGACAAGUCUCUUCGUUUCUUCCAACCCAUGACACUUCUUGCUACAACUGCCGAAGCGGUGCAUUACCAUGAACAGGACAAACAAAAAAUGACGUUGUAAAAACAGUUGAAAACAUCACGUGGAAAUUUGCCCCGGCGCUUUAACGCCUUAUUUGCAUUAACAAAUAUUAAUUAGUUUCCUUUGAAAUAUUUUUCUCUCGCCAACGAUUUCUUUCUUUGGAAAAUCUCGAUCUGCAUAGCGGAUUCUUGCAGACGGGGCCAGGAGAACUUUCAAAUCAAAUUUUUUCAAGGGCGAAUGUGGCGUCAUCAUCUCAGGCAUGUCUGCGUGUUGAUAUAUCCUGGGUUCUCAUUGAUUGCGACUUGGAGAGUUUUUCUGUCCUAUGAGUUGUUCUAGAGGCUGAAUUUUCUUUUUCCUCUCUGUUUUGAUUUAAUAUUUUUACAGUAGAUAUUAUCAUUACUACUUAUUUAUAUAUUUAUAUAUACCCCUUACUAAACUUACUAGUCAUAGGGCGCGUAUCAACUGAGAUAUAUAAUAAAUAAGUUUACUUAUUUUUAAUGAGAAUUUCUGACUCCGAUAUUUCGCCUUUUUUUUCAUUUUACAGGUGUGUAGCAAGCCUGGUGUUUUACGGAUUUCUGUUGUAUAUAUCAGAUAUAGAGGGAGACCCUUAUCUGAAUUUGGUGAUUAUGUUCGUUGUUAGUGAUGUGCCAGGUACCAUACUAUCGUGGAUAGUGAUACAAAAGUAAGAUUCAGCAGAGUGGUUAUUGUUUUAAAAGUUAAUUCAUCAUAGACCGGUUUCUUGCAACUCUGGAAGGCUAACAUUUAAAAGGCGAAUUUCAGUGUUUCUUUGCUUGCGACAAAUUUUAGUUGACAGUUUGCUACUGAAAGUAUCGUUUUCUUCCAAAGGGCGUUGUGGCUGGUCCAGAUUUUACCUCCAACAAAGUUUAAAGCUUAAGUAGCAAAUGGAAUACGCCAUCUUGCAUCGAGUUUGGUUCCAGAACUAUUGUUAUUUCUCAUUUUAUGAGGCUCAUGCUUAUGUGGGUUGUCCAAUACACAUAAACAGAGCGUCAUAAACAACCCGACUUACUGAUCGAGUCUGUCUGCGACAAUAAUUUUCUGGCCCUCUCGGUCAUGUUUAACACCUUACUUCCGGUACCACUAAUCAGAGCGUCUUGUGCUCAUUUCCGGUUCCGGUGGCAAUCUGAGUCGAAAGGAAAUGUGCAACUUGUGCAGCAUGUGUUGAUCAACAAGUGUUGCCGGAAACUUAACGUGUAUGGCUUUAUCGUUUCCUGUCAAUUGUACUUGUCGAUUGAUUAAUAAUGGUAAUUGAACUGAGUGGAGUGCAAUUUGGUCUGAAAUCAUACGCGUGAUUUCAAAAUCGAACGAGCGCACAGCGCGAGUUCGAUUUGAAAUCACAAGUAUGAUUUCAGACCAAAAUUGCACGACACGAAGUUCAAUUACCACUUUAUUACAUCCACUUUGAAAUCGCAGAAUUUAGUCAGUAUUAAUAUUUUAUUGAUAGAGUAGCCGGUUUGUUAAAAAGCCGAGACAAAAAGGCUUUUACAUCUCAUUUUGUAUUCGAAACAGAAAUGAUGCGAUAUAGAACAAAAAUGGUGCGAUUUAAAACAGAAAUGAUGCGAUUUAGAACAUGAAUGACGCGAUUUGGAAUAGAUGCGAUUUAGAGCAAAAAAUGGUGCGAUUUAGGAAUAAAUCACACUGCUGAGAGCCAAUCAGAUUGCACGGUUAGCCAGUGAUUUCAAAGUGGAUGUAAUAAAGCUUGUAAUUUGAGUAUUCUCAUUUUUACAGAUUUGGACGCCGUAUCCCUUUCUGUUUGUUUAUGAUAACUGGUGGUCUCGCCUGCCUUCUUGUCCUAAUUGUACCAAAGGGUAUGUACUAACUCUAAUUAAUCUUUUAGAGCUGAACGCAUCUCUUACACCUGUCGUCUCAGUAAGAUUUGACGUGUUCUUUUAGAGCGUGAUUAAACGGACAACGUUAAGGUUGCGUCGUUGUCCUUAGUAAUGUGUCCCAUCGGUAACUGUGUGCUCACUUUAUGGGUGACUCCUCAGAAAAAAGGUUCUGCAGUUAGUAUAAGAGUUAAUGGAGUCUUAAGAGUGCUGAAAACCUGGUAAAAAUCAAAAAUCGGAGUCGAAAGCGGAGUCAGAAUCGGAGUCGGACGAAUCAGAACUUCUAUCUUCUUCCGACUCUGUUUACGACUCCGUACGUCUCUUAAGAGCUAGUGAAAAGUAGAUUGUCGGAGUCGGAAGCAAAAGCGGAAGGAUUAACCGUCUAAUCACAGUGCUCGUUUUAAAGCGUUGUUAUUGGUUUAGUUCUUCCGCUUCUACUUAUACUCUGAUAAUCUACCUCUUACUACUACUACAACUUUCUACGAUUUGAUUACGACCCCGACUUCGACCUCGUGGCUAGUGAAAACCGGCGGAAAGGAGAUACAGUCGAACCUGCAUCUGCGACCACCGCCCGUAAGCGACCACCUCCCAUAAGUGACCGCCUACUCAGCAAAACACUAAAACUUCCAGUUAAAGGGCUAUAGUUAGAACCUCUCUUAAACAACCCCCUCUAGUAAGCGACCGCGAGCACUUUUUGUACUGACGGUUUUACAAUUUUCCUUUGCUUUUAAUCUCGUCAACGUGUAAGCGACCACUUGAAGCAUGACCUGAUCUCUUUGUUCACUGUAUGUACUGCACCAAUCAGAGUUUCAAGGAACUUUUGGUGACAACAUGAAACUACACAUAUCGUAACACACAAAUCGCAUACACUAUUUUUUUUUUGCAAAAAGUAGAUGACCUCUUCCCGGAAGAGACCCUAUUUAAUACGAUUCUCGCAAGUGGCGAUCUCCUGUAGGCGACCACUAAAUUCUUCAUUGUGGUCGCUUUCUGAAGGUACGACUCUACUGCUUAUUGAGUGUUCACUUUUCGCUCCGGACGUAAAAGAUAAAACAUCAUUUGCUUUAACAACUAUUGUUUAUCCCUUGUUUGUGCAGACAUGACGCAUAUCAGCAGAGUGUUGGCGUUCAUUGGACGAGCGUUUGUUACCAUGUCUUUUGGCAUUUUGUACCUUUUCAGUAGCGAGCUGUACCCUACCUCAAUCAGGUAUAGAGAACAUCGUAAUUGUUUUUUGAGGACGGUCGUUCUCCAAUUCUUUCACCACAUAGAAGUUUUGGAAACAUGCUGCUGUUAGGUAAUGAUCAAUUUCGACGAGCAAGCAUUGCCUCCCACCAAAGUGGCCUGGGUUCAAAUCCCGGCGUCAAUGCCAUGUAUGGGGUUGAGUUUGUCGUUGGUUUUCUUCGUGUACUCCGGUUAUCCUCUUUCCUCAAAAACCAACAUUUCCAUUUGUUUAUUUGUUGACCGAAGCGCAAGAAAAUUUAGGGUGUUGGGGACGGGGAGGCUCGUUUUGUAGAUACUAUUAAAAUCUGAUCCUGUUAGUUUCUAGCACCCUUGUACAUGGAAGACGAUAAAUCGGCGAAAAAGCUCGAUCUAUGGCUCAACUUAUAAAUUGCUUUUUGCAGGAAUAUUGCUGUGGGUGUGUGUUCGCUUUCCGCUCGCAUUGGUUCUAUGAUAGCUCCUUAUAUCGUGAUGCUGGUAAGAAAAACCACUUUUUGUGUAGUGAAGUUAAUUACUCCAAGUUUGAAACUUUUCUUAUCUUAUGUCUCUGCAAGGUCUAAGAGCCCAAGGGGCCAAUCUAAAAUAAAAUUGGGCCAACUUUUUCAAAGUUUUAAUGCCAUCUCUGCAAAAAUCACCAAAAACAUUAUUAUGGUAAAUGCUCCCUGAUGAAAAUAGUUUGAAUAGCAUUUUGAGUAUGGGAAAAGGCACUAAGUGAUGUCUUCAGCACAGAAUUGACUUAAACAGCAAUAUCCUUUUGAGGAUUUACGGUCGUUUCGAUACAAAGUCGUUUCGAUACAAGUCGUCUCGAUACGAGUCUAUUCAGUUUAGGUUUACUUGGCUUAAAGAACGAAGAAUAUUCACCCAAAAUGUUUUUAAAUGAUCACCCGCAAACUAUAUACUUGAAGAUUUCGGAAUUUUUCUGCAAUAUCACUGCUUGAGUUCGUAUCGAAGCGACUUGUAUGGAAACGACUUUGUGUCGAAACGACCGAAGUCCCCGCUUUACAUAGCUCCUUUAACAUCGAGUUUUUUUUCCUUUUUAAGUCUCAGUUACCAGAACUCAGCGUCACCCUUCCCAUGGUUAUUUUCGGUAUUCUGUCUUUAUGCGCUGGCCUAAUGAUACUCAGGCUCCCGGAGACCCUCAAUUCAAACAUGUGUCAGACGAUAGAGGAAGCAAACAUUGCGAAAGAGUAUUAUGGAUUUAUGUGGAUGGGAAAGCGAGUUGGAAACCCAUUUCCGUGUUUGAGGUGGGAUAUUGCGAGAAAUACUCUGAAACAAGUCAAAUUGUAUUGAGGAGUCAAAGACAGCAUUAAACAAUUAACUUAUUAAUUUAAAUAUUUAUCCCCACUAUUUCUUUCCUCGUACGUGUACGGGUCUCUGGUGGUGAAACAAGAUGGCCGCGAUUUUUCUUCGUGCGAUAUUCUAACGCAAUUUUCAGUAUUUUACUUAUUUUUCUGUCGUGUAAGUCUGUGUUUUUGUCAUUUCUGUGUUAAUAUGUCUGCAAAUCAUAUAACUGUGGAAGAACUACGAGCGACUUUCCACGAAAAGUACUUCGUAACUUCCAUCCUACUUUUUCGCCCUUCUUACAGUAAUACGUGCUAGUGUAUUUAACAAUUAUUCCUCGACCCCGAAUGGGAUUUGAGUCAAUAGCCCAAGAGGCCGAAGGCCGAAUGGGCUAUUGACUCAGAGGCCAUGAGGGCCAGAGGAAUAAUUGUUUUACUAAAAUCCAACUAGUUGGUCAAAAAUAUCGAGAUAAAACAACUUUAGCUAGCAAUCCCGAUUCAGCCGCCAUUGUUUUGGUUUUCAAAGCCGGAGCUUUUCGCUACUAGUGGGCUAUAACGUAUAGCCUAGUAGUAGCUCAACCAAUCAGAACGCAGCAUUGAUAAUAGACCACUAGUUGGAUUUUACUAAAUGUGUAUAUAGCUGAUUCAAUAAAGGUUGCUUUGGGCAUUGAUAAUUGUACAUUGGGAAGCUAUUGUUUGGUGGUCACUCAAGUAAACCAUUGCAUUGUUCCAUAUGCCCAAAUGCCCAAUGUGCAAUUAUCAAUGACCAAUUACCAAAGUAACCUUUUUUAUUUUAGCUGUAUCUGUGUGUUUGUGUGUAUACAGUCUGAUAUGCUGCCGUAUUGUACCCCUUACAAUAAACUUAUUUAAAUUAUCUUACUGAAUCUGGCUUCUUGGCAUUUAUAACUUGUUAGUUAUUUCAGAAAGUCAGUACCCCUUUUAGUUAAUUGAUUAAUUAAACAACUUGUAAAAUAACUAUAAUAUUCUACUUUGGGUACAAUAAAUAAAUUUGUUUUGUUGUUGUUGUAAGUUGCACGUUAACAUUGAUUUUGCGGUUGACAACAAUUUUUUUUUUGUUUGAUUGAUUUCCUAUUUUUCUUAACGCACGACUCGAUAAAGCUUUUAUAAGAAAUCUAAUAAAUAAAUUUUGUGUCUUGAAUUGUGGUCCAAAAUUCCAAAAAAAAUUUUGUUUGGUUUGGUCAAGUUAAUGUUUGAGAGAGAGCUGAAAUGCGGAGUGUGGAAAAUACACUCUUCAUUUUCAGCUAACCGUUCCGAGUUGAAAACGAAUUACUUUGCUUCUCCAAAGGGUUUUUUGUAUGAAGCUGACUCACUUUAGGUCCCAUACCACCUCGGAGGAGCCAAGGCUUUUACAGGAGCUCGGUGACAAUGUUUUAAGGUACUAUUUUGCAACAUUAGUUUGAUCAAUUGAAAAGCACCAGCUUUAGAGGAUUAAGAAUGAGUUAAGAUUGAGGAAAUUAGUAUGCAUUACAAGUAUUCGCGAGUGAACUUGCGUGGGAAAGGGUGCGAAAGUUAGAGUGCAAAAAUAAGUAAGUGGGGAGGGGAGAGUGCAGAAAAGGGAACCUCUCCCACUCCUUCCUCUUAUUUUUUUCUUUACGCUCUUGGUAGGCUCGAUUACCAGCCGCUGUUCGGGGAGGAUCAAAGACCGGACCCGGGAGACGGCGGAAAUCGAGCCUACGCUCUUGGCAGAGCUGUCAAGCUUCAUCAGUUGGCACGCACCGCGCACAGGAGCGUCUCUAUGCUGGUAGAAAAGGGAUUAGCAAAAUGAUUCUAUCAAUAAACUAUCAGUGAAAACCUCUCACAUGUCAUGACAGAGGGAGAUUUCUUGGCUUAAACUUUGCUGGAAAAUUAUUACGUGCAUUUAAGCAAAAUUUGUCAUUGCUGUAUCUGAUACCUCCUGCCUUUCUGUAAAAGCCGUAUUUUAAAAUCUGCUCCUGUCAUGGCACCCUGCAGUAUUUUUAGUGUACCUCUCUGAAGUGUCUGUUCAUGAAGUUUUUAAUGUGAGGUGCAUUCCUGCACACAAAAUCAAAGGGUUUGAGUGGUCUGACGGCUUCCAGUCGAAACACAUGUGCCAAGGCGGGUAUUAAAAUUAUGUAAAUUAUCGUAGUUAAAUUCCACGGGAAAAUUUUGAAACCAUUAAAAGACAACAGAUUGAAAAUAAGGUUUCGCCCAUCCGUAUUUUUUUCUCUUUGAAAACGUCUACACGUAUCCGAAAAAAACAGUCACUGAAAACGAAACUUCCCUUUAGCGUGGAAAGUUUUCAAAACACCGUCUUGCGUAUGGACAAAUGGGAAAAAAAAAUAAUGACGUAAUCUGCGCAGUGUUAGGGUAGAUUUCUGCUGUCGCGUGAUUUUUAUUUACGUACGCGCAUAAAUAAAAUAGAGGCAAUGUAUGGAAAGUGGCCUCUACACAUAAAAGUUGAACCUCACUCAACUGAACGUGUUCCUCCCGCGACCUAACAUUGACUAGGGAGUUUAGUAAUUAUUUGCUUUGUUGAUAACCUAGUUUACAUUCAGGAUCUAACAAACCACUUAUUGAUUUUAAGGUUUUCAACCGGAGAAUUAACUCGUACAGCACAUGUACCAGUACCAAACGGGGAACCAAGCUCUGACGCGGAAUCCGACAGAGGCGAAUAUGCUAUUGAAAAUGCGCCUUUAAUUUCUUAAGUCUAAAAUCCCUUAGCCUCUUCACACAGGGCCGCAGGUGGGUCGAUCGCCAUUAAAAUCAAACCUGAUAGGACUUUCGUCUGCUUGGAACCUCGGUCAGGAGUCACGAAGAGCUCUCGAGAAAAUACAUAUCCUACGUUUUGACCCUUAACAAUAUCCUAGGGCUGUUAAACAAUGGUUAGGAUACAAAAAGAAAAUGGGAACGAAAAAAUUAUUGCAUGGAGUUAAAAGUUGUAGAAAGUUACGUAAAAAGUCGAUCACAAUAAUUGGCUCCGAUAAAAAAAAAAAUAUUCUUGCCGUAACCAAAUCACCCAAUCCCGGUCUUUCCCAGUCAAAAUGGUCGGCCCCGAAAAUUUAUGCAAGGAAGAUAAAAAAUAGACGAAAGCAUAGCUGUUAAACCAAUUCCGUUGCUCGGCUUUUCCCAUAGAAAACCCAUUUCCUAACAUAAAAGCCCUGAGGAGGAUGAAAUAGACCUUUCUAGCUUGUGUGUUGUUUUCCCAUACCAGACCACGUGAUCCUACCCCAGAGUACUGUUUCUUUCAAAUGAAGUGCAAUCCACAUGCACACGGGUGUAUAGCUAAUGAAAAGACAAAAGAGAAAUUCCCUUGAGAACAUCACUUGGUCUGAAUUGAGAAAAUAAAACUUUCAAGUUAAAAAGGUCUUUUAACCCAGUCGGUGAACAGGCC